AUGGCGGCGCGGAAACUGAACGAAUAUCUCGAUAUCGAGUCGAGUGAUGGCGAGGGGAGUGAGGGGGGUUACGAUUCUGAGGCGGUGCAGGAGGCUAAGGGGAAAGGGCGGAAUGCAACAUUGGGGACGGUGAUGGGACGAGAGAGGAAGAGGAGGAGGGUAUUUGAGGAUGCGGAUAGUGACGAGGGGGAGGAUGGGGGGGAUGAAGUCCAGGUCGGGAAUGGAGAUGGGGAUGGGGAUGGGGAUGGGGAUGGGGAUAACGAGGCAACUAUGGGCGAUGCGGAGACAUUUGUGAAACGCAGCGAUGUAGUGGAGGGGGUGGCGGACGAGGACGAAGAGCAAACACGCCGCAAAGACAUCUCAACAACAACAACAGCAACAGCAACAGCAACAGCAACAACCAAACCCAAAUCCCUAAAACCCCGCAAAGACAAAACAGGCGUCAUCUACUUCUCCUCGCUCCCACCCUACCUCAAACCCUCCGCUUUGAAAUCCCUCCUAACCCAACGAGGCUUCAGCCCCAUCACCAAAAUCUUCCUAUCCCCGCUCACGCCCCGCUCCUCCUCUCACACCUCCACCUCCAAACGCUCCACCACCAACCGCCGCCGCACCUACACAGACGGCUGGGUCGAAUUCGCCUCCAAGCGCACCGCCAAGAUCUGCGCGCAGACCCUCAACGCCACCAUCGUCGGCGGCAAGAAGGGCGGCUGGUACCACGACGACGUGUGGACUAUGAAGUACCUACGCGGCUUCAAGUGGGGGGAUCUGAUGGAGCAGGUCCAGCGGGAGAGGUCCGAGAGGGAGGCUAGGAGGAGGAUUGAGGAUGCGAGGGCUCGGAGGGAGGAGAGGGUGUUUGUGGACGGGGUGGAGAGGGGGAGGGUCAUUGAGGGGAUUAGGAGGAAGAGGGUUGAGAAGGGGAGGGAGAAGGGAAAACAGGGGGGGGUGGCGGGGAGGGAGGGGGAGGGUGAUGGUGAUGGUGAUGGUAGUGGUAGUGGUAGUGGAAUGGCUGGCAUUGAUGUUAGGAGAGUGUUUAGGCAGAAUGCGGUUCGGGCUGGUGGGAAGGAUGGGGAGAAGGCGUUGGAUGCGGAUGUGAAGAGGGUGUUGGGGAAGAUAUUUUAG